UAAUGACUUGUUUUAUAAAUAUCUGUGUUUUAAAAAUGCCUUGAUAUAAUAACUUGUCUGGCUCAUGCGAAUGUAGCCUGCGCUCCUUAUUUGGUUGCUUUUCCGGUUUGAAACUGACCUGUCAAUCAACGUAUCCACGGUUACCACCAACACAUCUGCUGAACACACGAGUGACACCGAGCUGCGUUUUUAAUGAGGGAAAAAAAUCGUCAUGGCGCUUCCAUUUCUACCUGGAAAUUCUUGUAAAGAGCUGCUAAAGGACAAAUUCCACAAAUCCCAACAUUUUGACUACUCCAGCGAUGUUCCUUUCCUGGCCGGGAUAGAGAAGCCCGGCAUCGGAGGCGAGCUGUUGCUGGGACAGAAGUUCAAACCGAAGUAUUCCGUCUAUCCCAGAGGAGCAACGGGUGGAUUGCCAUCAUGGGUGGCUUUUGACAAACAGGCGCUGUGUUUUGAGGCGUACUUCCAGGAGGCGGUGCCAGAAGCUCCCAAUGAGACCUACAGGAUCCGCAAGUGUAAGAUCUACUUCUACCUGGAGGACGAUACCAUGCAAGUGGUGGAACCAGAGUAUAAAAACAGUGGAAUCCCUCAAGGAACUCUAAUUCGUCGCCAACGCAUCCCACUGCCGCUGCCCAAGGAGGAACAGUUCUUCAACGUGUUCCACUUUAACCUCAACCAGGAGAUAGUGCUGUUCUCUCACACAUUCACCACCACCGACUGUGAUCAGUUCACAAGGAACUUUCUCACCAAAUGUGGCGUAAUUCUCAAUGACCCCAUCCCUGUGCCAGAGGACCCCUAUCGCAGCCUCAGGGAAAAGAUAGAGAAAAGCAUGAGUCCCCGGCGGCCAUAUGAGAAGCGAGACACUCUGAAACAGUUCCUGGACCACGACCGCAAAGUCCUCCGUUUCUUUUGCUUCUGGGACGACAGCAAGGUCAUCUUCGGAGAGCUUCGAGAACUGGUGCUGCACUACUUCCUGGCCGAUGACACCAUAGAGAUCAGGGAGGUGAUCCCACCAAAUUCUGGGAGAGUCUCCGUGUCAAAAUUCCUCCGUCGAAGCAAACUACCCAAACGUGUUUCAAACCAGUUGGUGCUACCAGGAGAGGUGACGAACCGCACCGUGCUCAACGUGUUGGCCUCCACCAGGCAAGGAGAUCGCUACAUGCUGGAUAGUCUCAAAACAGGAGCUAUUCAGGAGGAGUUCUACAAGGACUUUGAUCUGACGGUAGGCGGCGAGCUGAACGUGUGGGGCAGGAACGUGAUCAUCGCUGACUGUGAUGACUUCACCAAAGACUACUACCGCUCCAAAUAUGGCAUAGAAGACUUCACCCCGGUACAGUACAAAGCUGCCGUACCCCCCAAACCCCAGAGGCUUGUACCUCCGUAUAACGGCUUUGGCUCAGAGGAGGACUCGCUAAGCUCCUGCCAGCGCCUGCUUCCCAAACCCCCACAGAAAGAUCGCCACAAAUUCAUGGAGUAUGAUAGACGUGGCCUUGAGAGCAAUGUGCUGACAUUCCAUGCCAAGAUGGUGACCACCAGUCAUGUGGACAGCGAGAGGGAGUUCAUCAUCUCCUUCUACCUGAGCGACAACUCUAUCAGCGUGUUUGAGCGCUCUCAAAAGAAUUCAGGUGUACUUGGCGGCAUGUUUCUGGCCAGGGGCCGCGUGAAGAAACCAGGACAGGAGUUGUUUAAGAGCGAGCCCUCAGAGUACUUCACAGCCCAUGAUCUGUAUGUAGGAGCCGCCAUCUGCCUCAACAACAGGCAGUUCCAACUCCUCGAUGCUGAUGAGUACACCUUCAAGUACUUUGAAAAACAUGCCGAGCAGUUCCCCAAGGCCGAUAUAGGCAUCAUCCUGGGUAAAUUACGAUCAAUUCCAGAGGAGAAGCAGCGGGAGCUCCGUAACUUUCUGGCUCUCGGCGACCCCGCCAACACCGGCUUUGUUGCCUUUGCAUCCUUCAGGGACCUACUGAUGGGUAUGGACUGCGGUCUGACGGAGCAUGAGGUUCUGGUGCUUGGCCGAUCCUUCGCCGAGCACAAGCAGUCUGAGGUGGAUGUGGGCCUGAUGCUGGCCGUGGCCCAGGACUUCCUCAGGAAGAAGGACUUUGACCAGCUGCCCGACAUGGCCCGAGUGUUCGAACACAGCGACCCAAACAAAACAGGCCGCAUCUCCCUUAAAGGGGUGACGGCCAUCUGCAAGACCUUCCAGCUUCCUGUGUCUGACAACCUGCUCACAUGUCUGCUCCACAAGUUUGCAGACGGCGACCAGAUCGACUACACUGCCUUACUGGCUGGUAUCAACUGGCUGGAGGACCCUGCUCCCCCAGUGACGCCUGACGACACUUUAAAGUUCGACGUGAAAAUGCGCAGUGAUGCCCGCGGAGUAAAAAACCUCCAUUACUUCUCCCUGCUGCAGGACCUCUUCCCCGGCGUCUCCAACACGGCUGACCCGGAGAGCGCCGCGUCAGCGUAGAUGAGUGCAACAUGCGACACAUGCAUCCCCACAUGACGCUUUAACCCAAUGCAAACCAAGAAAGAAGUAAACACGCAAAAGUUUAGUGCAAUCUGUGCGGUUCGAGGCUCUCACAGCGUACAGCUAGGGUUUAAAACGGAACCACAUUUGAGGUCAAGGCAGGUCAGGCUCACACACAUAACGACUACAGGUAUUACGCUGCAUUGUGCAGAAUUUAUACCAGAGGAAAUUGGCUUCAACGGAAGAAACAGACAAUCACGGCUGUCAGCUCCCAGCUGUGGAAACAACAGGUACAGAUGAACUCUCGCGCUCCAUCCAAAAGCCAGAAUGAGCCAAUUUUUAGGAUCUUUUAUUAUCGGAGCUGAAUCUCACUGAAAGGAGAGUUGAUUAAGUAUAUUUUUAGUCAUUUAAUCAAUUAGUCUUCAUGUUUUCCUGUUGUUGUGGGCAAUGGAUAUACUGUAUAUGCCAGAAGCAAUUAUUAAUCAAUGCAUGGUAUUAGUACAUAAGACUUACUUGAAAACAGAUGUGUCCAAAGUGUGCUCCAAACCAUUGUACCAUUUGUACAGUAUGCUGCUGGCAUACUGUACAAAAUACAAUUUUACACAAUAAUACAAAAAAAACCCCAGCAAAAACAGCACGGCAUUAAGAACAAAUGAAUAACAAAAAUAUUUGUCUUUAAGUAUGAAUUCUUUUGUUUAGCCUUUUUACAAAAUGAAAGUCCCACCCAGCCCCCACAUUUUUGUUCAGUAUGUGGCACCAGUGGAAAAGUUUUGGACCCACCUGACUUGAAAAAAAAAAAAAAAUAAUAACUGGGCUACUAAAUAUAUUUGCAGUUUAUGCAUGCAAAUACGUCCUUGACACAAGUGAAAAUGAGAAUUAAA